AUGUCGCCACCUCCUUCUGGCGGCAAGCGCGAGUCGGCGCAGGCGCGUCUGCUCGGUUCGGGUCUGUCGGGCAUCGCUGAGCUGCUCGUCUUCCACCCGGUCGACACGGUGGCCAAGCGACUCAUGUCGAACAAGACGUCCGGCCUGUCGAUGGCGCAGGUGGUGUUCAAGGACAAGGCGACCGCCAACGUCUCGACCAAGUUCCUCUCGCUCUUCCCCGGUCUCGGUUAUGCUGCGGGUUACAAGGUGCUUCAGCGCAUCUACAAGUUCGGUGGUCAGCCGUACUUUAACGACUACCUCACGACGCAUCACAAGAAGCAGUUCGAAAACGUGUUUGGCGAACGUACGGGUAAGGCGGUUAUGUCUGCCACUGCUGGUUCGCUCACGGGCAUCGGCGAGAUCGUCUUGCUGCCGUUGGAUGUGCUCAAGAUCAAGCGUCAGACCAACCCGGAGGCAUUCCGCUCGCGUGGAUUCCUGCGCAUCCUUGCCGACGAGAACGUCAACCUCUACCGUGGUUGGGGCUGGACCGCUGCUCGAAACGCUCCUGGAUCCUUUGCUCUUUUCGGUGGAUCCGCCUUCACAAAGGAAUACAUCUUUGGCCUCAAGAACUACAACGACGCUACAUGGACGCAGAACUUCUUCGCCUCCAUCGGCGGUUCCGUCGCAUCCAUCACCGUCGCUGCCCCCCUCGACGUCGUCAAGACGCGCAUCCAAAACGCCAACUUCGAAUCCAAGGUCGGCGGCGUACAGAUCAUCAAGGACAUGGUCAAAAACGAGGGCUUCAGCGCCUUCUUCAAGGGCCUCACCCCCAAGGUGCUCGUCGUAGGCCCCAAGCUCGUCUUCUCCUUCACCAUCGCCCAGAGCCUCAUCCCCUUCUUUGGCAAGUACGUCUAG